UAUUUCUAAUGAUUCAAUUAGGUGAUUCUGUUUUCACAGCUGGUUGUUAGAUUUGAUAAGUAAUUUAUCCAAUAGAAGUGUUGUUUCUUCCUAUUCAAAUAAUUCGACAGACACAAGUAUGAACGAUUCUACACUGCUAAAUGCGAUUGUCUCUCAUUUAUCAAAAGACAAUAUGAAGUGAUACAACGGCAGGUGUGAAACAAUGAGUCAGGAUAUUCAAGUAAAUUUACCAACAAGCAUAAUUAUUACUAUAGAAGGGAUACUUGGUACCAUAUUCAAUAUGACUGCAGUUAUAGUUAUCUUUACAACACAGUUGGGUUCAAAUUUAACAAUGCUUAUGCUAAGAGCUCAAGUAAUAAUUGAUUUCACCGCAUGCCUUAUCACAACUUUAUAUUAUACUAUGCAGUUUGCUAAAAUAGCUAGCAAAAUGACAGGAUUAUACAUUAUCGAUUUGCUUAUAUGCCAUUUGUGGUUUAGAAAUGCAUUAUUUUGGUUAACAUGUGUUUUAAGUGUACAGAAUCUUGUCUGUAUAUCACUUGAUCGAGUUCGCUGUGUUAUAUUUAAAAAAAUGUACAAAGUUUAUUCAUUUAAAUUCACUAUAGUAUACUUUGUUUAUAUGGUGAUUAUGGUAUUCAUAUUGUACACACCAACCCCACUGCUCCGCCGAUAUGUUGGUAAUCAUUGUAAAAUGGAAUUCUUAUUACCAUGGUUUAAAUCAAAUACAUUUCUAAAUUACAUGGUGUCUAGUUGGAUUUUAUUUGCCUAUAUUGUACCCGUCAUAAUUAUGAUUACUAGUCAUAUCUGGGUAAUCAGAGUCAUAAGGAAAUCACAUUCAUCACAAUUGAAUAUAGAAUCACAGAAUUUAGAAGCCAGUGUAAGAGUUAAACGUAAAAUAAGCCAACUGGCAAUAACAACUGCAAUUAUGUCUGGACAGCAAAUUAUACUACACCUCUAUGAAGGUGUACACCAAACACUAAUUGUAACUAAUCUUACAAAAUAUUAUUAUGAAGCAGCAACCGGACAGCUGAGUACACUGUUAAUUUUGCUUAGUUCUGCCUUAAAUCCAUGCGUUCUCGUUUUGACUACAUCUGCUCUAAGAAGACAUUUAUGGCGAUCAUUGAAGAUUCUAGCAGAAGUCAUGAAAUGGAGGGGGAAGAAGAACAACGACACCAACACAGAAGUAUUGUAAAUAUUGACAUGCGAAAUAUCAGAGAGAAAUCAGACUAACCUGUGCUUAAAUUCUUUCCUUGAUGAAUAACUUUCAGUUAGUUUCAGUAAAUCAAUGAUUACAUGAAAAAAAAUGAAAUAAAAAUUAAGUUGAGCAGUCAAUAUUCACUAACAACAUGCAUCACAUCAUGUUAUGCUCAUAAAUGAACAAUUCUUACUACGCAUUUAUUUCACUUAAUUAAGUAAAAGUGAUGCAAUGUUCUGAAAAUUUUGUACAAACAUAUUACCUUGAUCUAUGCGAAUGAGAAUUGCACUGUAAACGAACUAUUUCUUCGACAUUCCAUUUAUUUUUGAACACAUUUUGUUGGACAGCUUAUAACCACCAUAAAUUUGAAAAGAUAUUUUUUUAUGUGUAUGACUGUAAACC